GUGACACCAGUCUGUUUUACAGUGCAGGCUGUUGUGACUACCUCAGACCUAGAAUUUGGAGUUUGUGACCUUGACUUUGGUUGCUGCACGAUCCAUGAAUCUGUCAAGCAAUCGUUUAAACUGACAAACAAAUCUAUUUUAUCGCAACAGUUUGGGUUCGUUGGGUUACCAGACUGUUUAGAAGUGCAGCCUAAUGAUGGUUUUGGAACUCUCCUACCAUUAGAAACAGUAACACUGGAUGUUAUUUUUAGCCCUAAGGCUGCAAAAGAAUUCAAGAUGAACCUUCUGUGUCGGACUUUAAUCAACAGAGAUUUCAGUAUUCCAUGUAAAGGAGUUGGUGUGCUGACACCAUUAGAGCUGUCGAGGCAAGUGAUUAACUUCAAGGCUACGUCUGUCUUCGAUACAUCCACUGCUACACUCUACAUCAUCAACAGUCACACAAGUACUAAUGAGUUCACACACCCAGUGCCCAGGAUUGGAGCAGGAGAGGUGUUUCCUGUGGGACCAACAUCCUUUGAGUUUAAAGUUCCACAAGAUGCGCCCAUAACCAUAUCUCCUUGUGUGGGCACUCUCCUUCCAGGACAGAAGGUUCAGCUGGAGGUACGAUUUUCUCCAGUGUUGGAUAGUGAUGAUAUCAGACUAGAAGCUGUAAAAAUAAAGGCCAAGUUGCAGGCAGAAAAAGAGGAAAGGGAAAGAGAGGAGGCAGCAGAAAGAGAGAAGAAAGAGUCAGAUAUGAGUAUCAACAAAAAGAAAUUCUCAACUGUUUCCAAGUUGUCAGUCUCCCGGAGCAAGAGUAAGCCGUCACUGUCAUCAACACCAUCAUUAUCAUCACCAUCAUCAACAAACACAGCAACUCCAGGAUCUGAUGCAGUCAGUCUCGGCAUAGAUUCCUCUGUGCACCGUGCAGCCGUAACGUCACUUCUUCGACAGUUCAAAGGUCGCUUACAGUCUGUGACCGUGCCCUGCUAUAUAGCAGCUGGACAAGCUGGUGGCCCAGGAGAACUCAGCUAUAGCAUUCACAACACCCUGUACCUGGAAGUGCAUUGUCCAGCCGUCCGGCCAGAGGUCAUGGUGGUCUCUGAUGAUGGGCGCCAUGUGAUCGAUUUUGGAAGCAUUUCAGUUGGUCAGACCUGCUCAAAGUCUAUCACACUUCUCAGUAUCUGGGAUAAACAAAUGAAGUUGAAAUCAACAGUUUUGGAUCCGGCUGGACCAUUCCAGAUACGCAAUGCCUUUAGAAAUUUGCUGCCCGGAGAAACACAUACAAUUCUGCUGACCUUUACACCUCAUAGAGGCCACAUAUUUCAAGAAUAUCUUGAAAUCAGAACUUUGAACUCUACCCUUUGCCUGACCUUUAAAGGUUGUGGGGUCAGCCCAGUAGUGAGUGUGAACGUAGAAGAUGGUGUCCUUGACAUGAAAGCAGUUCUGGCUGGAGAGUUUGUGGAGAAAUCGUUCACAAUUGAGAACCUGUCUCCACUUCCUAUUGAAUUCAUCAUCGCACAGGACAGUUUGUCCCAUCUCCGUCAGAUCAAAGCUCAAAACAUUCCUGCAUAUCUGGGUGCACUAGAACCACACAAAACAAAGAACUAUGUUGGUCCACAGAAUAAAUGCGGCAGAAAUGUUUUUGAUAUUGUCCCUGCCACCGGUACCAUAAAUGCAGGUGAAACUAAGGAAAUAAUGGUGACCUUUGCUCCUGAUCAUGAAAGUGACCUCUUUUCAGAUGGAGUCAGAAUUAAACUGUUCUCGCAGAAAUGUUUUUCAGAAGGACAGGAGGAGAGCCACUUCUUCCAGGUCAUUGGCCGGGGCAAGUCACAGAUCAUGUAUCUUGAAGGUUGUGACCCUUUUCAGCCACCUGAGACAUCACUGGCAUGCCUCCCCAAACCUGUGCAAGAUGAGGAAGCAGCUGAGCUUCGCCCAAGAUCUGCCCAAAGUUCCACGGUGAUGUCGCCACCAGUACUAAUUACCAUGGAGAUAGCGAUGAACAGUGAAUUCUUUGAGCCAGUCACGACGCACAUCUUCGUGGGAUGUGUUCAGACAAUGGCAGGAGCAGCCAGGAGAGCUGGAGAGUUCUCAGUGGAGGGGCUGCAGGGCCAUAAGUAUUUUACCGUACAACCACAAAAGGGGACCGUUGAAGCCGACAGUAGGAAAUCCAUUGUCUUCACUUGUCUGCCGCCUUCAGACAUCGAUCCAACGAAGGUUCUGGAGGAGACAGUGACCUUAGCCCUGAAAAAUGAUGUCAUCACAGAGCUGGUGCCGGUGUUUAUUCGCGCCAGAAUUGUCCAGCCCGAGUAG